UGACUUGAUUUAAGAAAAUGAGAGUAAAGAAGAUCUCAUCCUCUCUUUAUACUUUUUUCUUCUUGUCUCAGACAAUAAGUCCAACCAAAUACUACAUACACCCCCAAACAAAACACACCCCUAUAACCACUUUUUUAUUACAGACUUAUAGAAACUCUCUUUUUCUUUCUAUUUUUAUUUCUUUUUUAUUUUUGAUUUUAACUACUAUUUCAUUUUCAGUUUCCUUCUAAGCAGAUCACUGAAUUUCGGUACUAAAGUUUGCGGUUCUCUACUCGACUGUGCUACUGAAAUUUCAUUUGUGAUUUCAUUUCAAUUUCAAUUUCGAAUUCAAAUUCAAAUUCAAAUUUUAAUCGUUCUCUAAGGAUAGUAAUAACUAAAGUAAAGUGAAGUGAAGCUGCAUUCGUUUUAUUUAUUCAUUUAUUGAUAUUGUUAAUCAAUGUUUUUGAUUGAUUAAUUGAAGCGGUUAUUGUUUAGUAAUUGCGAAUUAGAAGCGAUGUUAAGAUAUUAUGAAGCAUAGAUUGAAAAAAUGGGAUGUGUGAUUGGUCGUGAAGCGUCGUCUGGAAUAAUCUCCGAGAAGAAGGGUUCGGGUGAUGAAAGUAACCGGAAAGUCGAUGAAGCUUCGGCGGAGGCGGCGAGUAACGGUGAGGGGAAUACGGUGGUAGAGGUUGAUAAUGGUGGUGAUAGGGUUCAGCGAAGUGAAAGAAGAAGAUCAAAGGCGAAUCCAAGGCUAAGUAAUCCGCCGAAGCAUUUACAUGGGGAGCAGGUUGCUGCUGGAUGGCCACCUUGGCUCACUGCAGUGUGUGGAGAAGCUCUCAAUGGUUGGAUUCCGCGAAAGGCUGAUACCUUUGACAAAAUUGAUAAGAUUGGGCAAGGAACUUAUAGUAAUGUGUACAAAGCUAAAGACAUGUUGACUGGUAAAAUUGUUGCUAUGAAGAAGGUUCGAUUCGACAAUUUGGAACCUGAGAGCGUUAAAUUCAUGGCUAGAGAGAUUCUUAUUCUGCGAAGGUUGGAUCAUCCAAAUGUUAUUAAGUUGCAAGGUUUAGUUACAUCAAGGAUGUCCUGUAGUUUGUAUUUGGUGUUCGAUUACAUGGAGCAUGAUUUAGCUGGACUUGCUGCAAGCCCGGGAAUCGGGUUUACAGAGCCUCAGAUAAAAUGUUACAUGCAUCAGCUGCUAUCAGGACUAGAGCAUUGUCAUAACCGUCAUGUACUUCACCGUGAUAUCAAAGGAUCAAAUCUUCUUAUUGACAACGAAGGAGUACUUAAGAUUGCUGACUUUGGAUUGGCAUCCUUGUUUGAUCCAAACCAUAGGCAUCCCAUGACUAGUCGUGUAGUAACACUUUGGUAUCGGCCGCCUGAGUUGCUUCUAGGUGCCACAUAUUAUAGUGUGGGUGUAGACCUUUGGAGUGCUGGAUGUAUUUUAGGAGAGUUAUUGGCUGGGAAACCAAUUAUGCCCGGCCGUACAGAGGUGGAGCAACUGCACAAGAUAUACAAACUAUGUGGUUCACCUUCUGAUGAAUACUGGAAGAAGUCAAAGUUGCCCAAUGCUACCUUGUUCAAACCUCGAGAGCCAUACAAGAGAUGCAUAAGAGAGACAUUCAAAGGUUUUCCACCGUCUGCUCUACCCCUUAUUGAUACUCUUCUUGCAAUUGAUCCUGUUGAGCGGAAACACGCCUCAGAUGCUUUAAGAAGUGAGUUCUUUACCACAGAACCGUAUGCUUGCGAUCCUUCUAGUCUUCCAAAGUACCCCCCAAGCAAAGAAAUGGAUGCUAAAAGACGGGAUGAUGAAGUUAGGAGACAAAGAGCUGCAAGCAAAGCUCAGGUUGAUGGUCCAAAGAAGCAUAGAACACGAGAUCGUGCUGUGAAAGCUUUUCCUGCUCCCGAAGCCAAUGCCGAGCUUCAAUCCAAUAUUGAUAGAAGACGUCUAAUCACUCAUGCAAAUGCCAAGAGCAAGAGUGAAAAGUUCCCUCCGCCACAUCAAGAUGGACAACUUGGUUUUCCUUUGGGAUCUUCACAUCAUAUUGAUCCAGAAACUGUUCCUUCUGAUGUCUCUUUUACUUCAACCACAUAUACCUAUUCAAAGGAACCAUUUCAAGCUUGGUCGGGUCCAAUUGGUAAUGCUGCUGAUAUUGGAGUGCCGAAGCGGAAGAAACACACAGCAGGAGAGGCAUGGGAUUUAUCAAAACCACAUAAAGGCGCCCCCAAGGAUAAGUUUAAAGGAAAGGGAAUUAUAGCUUAGAUAUAUAUAUAGCACAUUCUUAUAGAGUCAAUUUAAGAAUCUACCUCUGCUGCCUCAUUUUUGGGUGCCUACCAACUUGCUGCGCAAUGCCCUUUGAGUAUGUCCCAUUGUCCUGAGUGCAAGACAAAUUGCCUAUCAGCAAGUGGUGAUUUUUUUUCUUCUUUUACAGCUAUCAGCAAAGGAUGAUAAAAAUAGUCUUUCCCCAUCUUUAAUUACACCUUCAAAUUACAUCCCAUAAUUUCUUUUCCUUUUUUUUAAAUGAAGCUUUUUUUUUUCUUUCUGUUCAAACUGUUAGUAUGGUGACUUGUGAGAAAAUUACCAUGAUGUACAUCUUUAUUUCUUUAAAGAGUCCCUUGUUAAUAUCUAAA